AUGACUUCUGACUUGAGCCACGGCGGCCAGAUGAUCGAGUAUAUUCAAGAUCGCCUGUACCUCGCAUCUUACGACUCUGCUCCGAGUUCCAGGACUCCAUUCCCUUUCCAUCUGGAUCAACCCAAAUCUCCGAGCAAGCGCGCACGUGCCCAACCCACCACUCCCAGCAAGCGCCGCUCUCCGGUGUACUUCACCAUCGACGACACUCUACUUUACAAUGCGUUUCACGCCGAUUUUGGCCCCCUUCACAUUGGUCACUUGUACCGAUUCGCCGUGCUGUUUCACGAGAUCCUUGGAGACCCAGCCAACAGCGACCGCCCUGUUGUGUUCUACAGCAAGACAGAUGCUCGCAGCCGUGCAAAUGCGGCCUGUCUUGUUGCAUGUUACAUGGUCAUGAUUCAAUCGUGGCCACCCCACCUGGCCCUGGCGCCCAUCGCGCAGGCCGAUCCUCCUUACAUGCCUUUCCGCGAUGCUGGAUACAGCCAAGCUGAUUUCAUCCUGAACAUCCAAGAUGUUGUUUAUGGUGUUUGGAAAGCGAAGGAGCAGUCUCUCUGCGGGCUACGCGACUUCAACCUCGAGGAAUACGAAAAGUUUGAGCGAGUUGAUAUGGGUGAUUUCAACUGGCAACAGCCAGUCGCACCCAUCCCCGUGAACACACCCGAGUACGACGCGCUACCCACCACGAUCUCAGAGAUCUCCUCGUCCAAGCUUCCCAUGCCAUUCAAAAAUGUGCUCGCUCACUUCCACCAACGCAAUGUCGGGCUCGUCGUGCGACUCAAUUCGGAGCUUUACUGUCCAUCAUACUUCACUGCAAUGGGUAUCUCUCACAUUGAUAUGAUCUUCGAGGACGGUACCUGUCCCCCCUUGCAACUUGUGCGCCGUUUCAUUAAGAUGGCCCAUGAGAUGAUCACUAUCAAGAAGAAGGGUAUCGCGGUCCAUUGCAAGGCCGGUCUUGGUCGCACGGGCUGUUUGAUUGGUGCUUAUCUGAUCUACAAGUAUGGAUUCACCGCCAACGAAGUCAUCGCGUUUAUGCGAUUCAUGCGCCCUGGAAUGGUUGUUGGUCCCCAGCAGCACUGGCUUCACCUCAACCAGGGAGCUUUCCGCGAAUGGUGGUUUGAGGAUAGUAUGCGCGAGAAGCUUGCUCAAUCUGUACCGGCGACUCCCAGGGUCUCCACAAAGAAGCGCACUAGCAAUGGUGUGGUGUCUACUCCUCCCAACAACAGUCACUCCAAGCGCGCAGCCCUUGGAGAGAUCGACCACAAUGAUGCCUCAACCUACCCCGAUCAAGAUCUUCCUGCGCCGACCCCUGGCCAGCCUCGCAAGUCCCACCGCAAGGACUCACGACACCAUCCUUACUCCCGCACGGCCUCUGGAAACCUAGCCGUUGAGAGCGAGCAGAGAGCCCCUCGCAGUCACCGGAAGAGCAACGAGAGUGAAGAGAGCGAAGAGGAGAUCCAACUUCGCAGACUAGCAAAGCGAUCUUCGAGAUCCCCGGUUGCCUCACCUACGUCGCGUUCCAUUAGUUACUCUGCGACUGUCACCGCCAGCUAUACCAUUGCCGAAGACAACCACCAUGAUCAAGAAAACUGGGUUGGCCACACCACACCUAAGACUCCCGUCAGCCGAAAGAGCGGCACAGCACCAAUCUCCGUUAGCAAGGUCCGCUCCAGUCCUCGCCGAGUCACAGAUAGCAACCGCAGUGAGAGCCGUGGGGUUCGAAAGGCAAGUGGACGUGUUGGUAGCAACCAUAACAUCAGCCCGGCUCGAGCCACCAAAACUGUCCACUAG